GCAGUCCCAGCCGCCAUGGACGCGCUGUCGGGCGCCGGGCCUCGCCGGGCUCGCGGCCGCCUGGGCGCGGCGUCCCCCGGAGCGCGGGCUGCGGGAGCACCGUGGGCGCGCUUCUCGGCCUGGCUGGAGUGCGUGUGCGUGGUCACUUUCGACCUGGAGCUGGGCCAGGCGCUGGAGCUGGUGUACCCCAGUGACUUCCGGCUCACGGACAAGGAGAAAAGCAGCAUCUGCUACCUGUCCUUUCCCGACUCGCACUCAGGCUGCCUGGGAGACACUCAGUUCAGCUUCCGCAUUCGGCAGUGCGGCGGGCAGAGGAGCCCCUGGCAUGCUGAGGACCGCCGCUACGACAGCGGGGCCCCUGUGUCAUUGCAAAGGGAGCCAGCACACUACUUCGGUUACGUGUACUUCAGGCAGGUGAAGGACAGUUCUGUGAAGAGGGGUUACUUCCAGAAGUCCCUGGUGCUGGUGUCCCGCCUGCCCUUCGUCCGGCUGUUCCAGGCGCUGCUGAGCCUCAUCGCCCCUGAGUAUUUUGACAAGUUGGCCCCCUGCCUGGAAGCGGUGUGCAACGAGAUAGACCAGUGGCCAGCGCCUGUGCCGGGGCAGACCCUGAACCUGCCGGUCAUGGGAGUCGUCCUCCAGGUUCGAGUCCCAUCCCGGAUGGACAAGCCUGAGCACAGUCCUCCGAAGCAGUGUAGCCAUGAGAACCUGCUGCCCGCCCCAGUGGUCCUCACCAGCGUCCAUGAACUGGACCUGUUCAGGUGCUUCCAGCCCGUGCUGACCCACGUGCAGACUCUGUGGGAGCUCAUGCUCCUCGGGGAGCCCCUGGUGGUCCUGGCACCCUCGCCUGCCAUGUCCUCAGAGAUGGUGCUGGCCUUAAUCAGCUGCCUGCAGCCCCUCAAGUUCUGCUGCGACUACCGCCCCUACUUCACCAUCCAUGACAGCGAGUUCAAGGAGUUCACCACCCGCACGCAGGCCCCACCAAACGUGGUCCUAGGAGUCACAAACCCUUUCUUUAUCAAAACGCUCCAGCACUGGCCCCACAUCCUCCGUGUGGGAGAGCCCAAGAUGUCAGGGGAUCUUCCCAAGCAGGUCAAGCUGAAAAAGCCCUCCAGGCUGAAGACACUGGACACCAAGCCAGGCCUUUACACCGCGUACUCGGCCCACCUCCACCGGGACAAGGCGCUGCUCAAACGUCUGCUCAAGGGGCUGCAGAAGAAGAGGCCGUGGGACACACAGACAGCACUGCUGAGACGGCACCUGCUGGAGCUCACGCAGAGCUUCAUCAUCCCCCUGGAGCACUACAUGGCCAGUCUCAUGCCCCUGCAGAAGAGCAUCACACCCUGGAAGACUCCUCCCCAGAUCCGCCCCUUCCGCCAGGAUGACUUCCUGCGCAGCCUGGAGCACGCGGGGCCCCAGCUCACCUGCAUCCUCAAGGGCGACUGGCUGGGCCUGUACAGGCGUUUUUUCAAGUCCCCACACUUCGACGGCUGGUACCGGCAGCGGUACAAGGAGAUGGCCCACAAGCUGGAGGCUUUGCACCUCGAGGCCAUCUGUGAGGCGCAGAACAUCGAGGCCUGGAUGAAGGACAAGUCUGAGGUGGAGGUCGUGGACCUGGUCCUGAAACUUCGGGAGAAGCUGGUACAAGCACAAGGCCACCAGCUCCCAGUGAAGGAGGCAACGCUCCGGCAGGCACAGCUGUACAUUGAGACGGUCAUCGGCUCUUUGCCCAAGGACCUGCAGGCUGUCCUGUGUCCUCCCUAGGACAGGGUCAAGCGGCCGGGGCCAGGGGCCUGGGUCUGAUCACGCUUCCUUUUCCUCUGACGUGGCCCCAGCCAAGCACAAGCUCCCCAAGCCGAGCUCUCUGCUGCUGCUCCCUCACCUUGGCGCCCUGUCAGCACCCCUGGUGUUCCAGCAGUAAAAGGUGGCAUUUGGAACCACAGCCUGGCCCUUGACUAUGGGUGGACCCCAAUGUGGCCAGAGCCUCGCCUCCCCCUGGGUCCCACCUGCCCUCUGCAGGGCCCGGGGGCCAUGAGGCGGGGCUGGCUGUGAGCCCUCGUUGCUCUGGGCACAGGGCCACCCGUCCCCCUGCGGUGCCCACCUGCCCAAGCCCCGGCGCCCUGGGCCUUGUAUUUGAUGUGUUCUUGGGCCUACCAGGCUGUCCGGCCCCAGAGAGGCAGCGGCAGCUGCUAGGUGGACCGCCUGCUCCGUAGCUGCCACCGACCUGCAGGGGGGAGGGCGGGCCCUUCACUGUGGUCCUGGGCUGGGGAGGGGCACUGCCCUGUAGUUGGUCCGGAGGCUGCCGGGAGUGUCUGGGCCGGCGUCCUGGUCCCACUCUUGGAGCCCCGACCGCUGCUGCGUCCUGUUGGGCAGGCGCUCCAGCUGUCUCCCUCGCAGGGGCCCACCCACCGCCACGUGCAACCAACGGGUGUUGGACCCUAGACUUACUGGGUGCCCUCAGCUAGAACCGGGGCAGCGGGCUCGCUGGCAGGGAGCGGAAGGCCCUCAGAGGUGCGGACCUGCCCCAUGCGCCACCGAGGAGCGCUGGCCCCACGGUACCCGUCGCGACUUAGCAUAGGGCGAUGGCGUUGGCCGGCAGCAGGAGGGAGGGAGGGCGGGCGGGCACGAGGUGUGGACGCGGCGCUGUGAGUCCGCAGGUGAGUCCCCCGACCUCCAGCCCUCGACUCAGCUCACCUAGGCGAGGCCCGGGUGGGGCUUUGCCACCGCCCUGAGCGGGGCCCAAUGGCGAGUGGGCACAGCGGGCAUGGUGGGUGCAGGCUGGAGGUGCCGCCCCUUCUCCCCUGAAGGCCUGCGGAUCGGGGACUCAGAGCUACGCUGUCUGUGCCGCCUGGGCAGAGCCGCCUGAUGACCGUGGCCGCUGCUCUCAGAAACGCCACUGUGGACUUGCCGGCCCUGCCCAUGGCCCGGGACAGCCUGUGACCGUGGCCAGUCUGUGGGUGGCUGAGCCCAUGUGAGGCGGCCUCCAAGGACGUGGCCGCUAAACAGAGUAGAGCCCGGCCGAAGCAGUGGGUUCAUCUUUGCAGAAGAAACAGGCUGAAGCUCUGGGAGUGGGAGGCCCACGCUGGCCUCAGGUGCCACUCUGGGCAGCCCGCCCUGCUGGCUGGUGUGGACGCACAGCCUCCUCGCCCAGGGUGCGGUCUCCAAGGGGAUCUGCAAAGGUGCCAGCACCUUCCUUGUGACUGGCCGGCUCCCUCGUGUGCCAGCCUCGGCCUCCUGAGGGCCAGGGCUGCAAGGGAGCCUGGGAAGUUGACCCAGGCCCCCCUCACAACUGUGACCCCAACGGUGAGGGCUGUGCUCCAGACGUCCCCCUGGCUGUGCUGGCCGCACUGCACACCCACCAGGUGGUCUGCCGUCGUGCGUGUGCCAAAGGGCUGGAGGACCACAGGCUGCAGGGAGGAGGGGCUGCGGGGUGGCCUCGGAGCCCCCAGGGACCUUGGCCACCAUUGCUCCAGGGUGGCCCAACCAGGUCCCCCCAAUUCCCCGAGUCCUCCCUUGGGGCUUUGAGGGCUGCGGCUGAGGCCCCUGGCUGUGCCUCACAGCAGUUCAUCCUGGUGACCACUGUGGGCAGGGGCACUGCUGCCCAGCGGGGGGGAGUCCCAGGCUGGAGCGCGCAGGGCCGAGGAAGCACCUGUCCAGGAGUGACGGCAGCCACCAAGGCUCCCUCUCCCUCGCAGCCUGACCCCUGCACGGAUGUGGCUCUGGUCGGGGCUCUGUGGGAGCUGGGCAGUCCUGCCCGCUGCAUUCUCUCCCCAGAAGCUUCCUUGCUCGCGCCUGGGAUGAGGUCAGCUCUGGUGUUCUGGGUCUGUCCCCUAGCAGGUCAGCGCAGGAGUGAGGAGGGCACAGGGAGGAGGGGCCCUCCUGCCCCCCUCACCCCGCCAGAGCCCCGAGGGCCUGCAAGGUAGGAGCCCACUGGCCCCGGAGGGCCUUGUGCUUGGUCCCUGGGGCCUCGAGGUUGGAGGGGCUGUGUGGUGGCUGCGGGGGGAGGGGGGAGUGGCAGGGACAGGAAGGACAGUUCUUCACCCCCGGGGCUUCCUGUGCUUUAUUUAAAGAUUCCUUUCCAGUCUGGGAUAGCGGCCUUCCCACAUUCUGUUAUUAAAACGUUCUGCUGUGACA